UUCAGCCGGAGAAGAACAUUACUGUCAUCUUCAUGAGCACAGUUGGCAGUUUUAACUUGGUGUUUUGUAAUGUUUCUGUUCCUGGCAUUCACCUCACAAUGAAACUGUGCUCGUAUCUUCCUAGCAUGUCUAUGUGCCUGACAGAAGGUCAAUGCCAGCCGGCCUAACUUUACAGUCGAUUAGUCCCCAGAGCCUCCAAGGCAAAACGCUGUCACAAGAUGAAUGUAGAGGCACAAUGUACAAAUACAGACCUGAAGAAGUAGAUACUGACGCCAAGCUCAGCCGCCUGUGUGAGCAAGACAAAGUGGUACACGCCCUGGAAGAGAGGCUGCAGCAGCUCCACAAGGAGAAAUACACACUCGAGCAGGCUUUGCUGUCAGCCAGCCAGGAGAUAGAAAUGAAUGCCGCUAACCCGGCAGCCAUCCAGACAGUGGUACUACAGAGGGACGACCUGCAGAACGGACUGCUGAGCACCUGUCGGGAGCUCUCUCGAGCCACUGCUGAGCUGGAACGGGCCUGGAGAGAGUGCGACAAGUUGGAGUGCGAGGUCACCAUCACCCGGGACCAGAUGCAGGAGCAGCUGGGCCGGCUGGGUGAGGUUCAGACCGAGUCUGCAGGGAUCCAGCGCGCACAGAUCCAGAAGGAGCUGUGGAGGAUCCAGGACGUCAUGGAGGGGCUGAGCCAGCACAAGCAGCACAGAGGCGUCUCGGAGGCGGGUAUGGCUGGAUCAAAGCCUUUCUCAACAGUUAAGUACAAAAGUGAGUGUGAAAAGAAAUUGAAGACAGCGGAUCCGGAGCAUGAUUAUGGCUGUGCAUGCGCCACGCGUAUGACUAAGACCAACGCGCCGUUCCGGAAGAAAUGGUUCUACAGCCCUACUUCUACCAUCGCAGCGUCGUGCCCGAACAACUCGUAA